AUGAUGAUACCGGAACUAGGAAGAAGACAACAACCGAUGCUCAGAGGUAACGAAGAUUCAUCCUUUGGUGAUGAUUACGAGAAAGAGAUUGGAGCUUUGCUCGGAGAGCAGCAGCGACGUCAAGAAGAAGCUGAUGAGCUUGAGAGAGAGCUUAACUUGUACAGAAGCGGCUCUGCUCCACCGACCGUGGACGGCUCUUUCACAGCCACCGGAGGGCGUUUCACCGGCGGAGGUGGGGCUCCUUUUAUGGAGUUUGGUGGAGUCAACAAGGGAAACGGGUUUGGGUUGGAUGAUGAUGAGUUUAGGAAAGAUCCAGCUUACUUGUCUUAUUACUAUGCUAAUAUGAAGUUGAAUCCGAGGUUGCCUCCUCCAUUGAUGUCUAGGGAGGAUAUGAGAGUUGCUCAGAGGGUUAGAGGGAGUAGCACCGUGUUAGGCGGUAUUGGGGAUCGGAGGAAAGUGAAUGAGAGUCGGUCUUUGUUCUCUCUGCCUCCUGGUUUUGAGCCUGAGAAGCCUAAUGCUUCUUCCUCUGAGUGGGAUGUUACUGGACUUAUUGGUCUUGGAGGCAAACAGAAGAGUUUUGCUGAUAUCUUUCAGGCUGACAUGGGGCAUGAAUCACGUCCUGCAAGUCGUAAUGCCUCUGAUGAAAACGUAGAGUCUCCAUCUGCAUCACAGGGCAUUGGUGCACCAUCUCAAUACAGCUACGCAGCUGUGCUUGGCUCUUCUUUAUCAAGAACCGGGACUCCAGAUGCACAGGGCAUUGCCAGGGUGCCUAGUCCCUGCCUUACUCCCAUUGGGAGUGGAAGAGCGAGUGCAAAUGAUAACAAGAGGAACUCAAGUAACCAGAGCCCGUUCAACUCUGUUACAUCUGGUCUCAACAACGAGUCCUCUGAUCUUGCUGCUGCUUUAUCUGGCAUGAACCUGUCAGGCAACGGAGGUUUAGAUGUCGAUGUCGAAAAGGUCAACAACUAUAUGUUUGGACUGCAUAACGAAGUUAAUCAUCAUGGGUUCCAAAACAAAUCUGAUCUUGCCCAUAAGGCAGCCGGUUCUUAUAGGACUUCACAGCUGAGAGGGCCUGCUUAUGAUAAUGGAGGUGGACCACAUGGUCCUUACCAACAUUACCCUUUAAAUCCAGCUGUAGCUUCUAUGAUGGCUAGCCAGCUUGGGAAUAGUAACUACUCUCCAAUGUAUGAUAAUGUUUCUGCUAUGGGAUUUUCUGGAUCUGACUCUCGACUUCAUGGUCCAAACCACUCUGAGCUACGCAAUCUUGGGAGGCUGAAUAAUAGAAUGAUGGGAGGAAGUGGUGGCCUUCAGCCACAUAUGGCCGACCCAAUGUAUCAUCCAUAUGCUGGCUCGCUUGAUCUUCUUAGUGAUCCUCUAAUGGACAGGGGCUUCAUGGGUAAUAAUAAUGCAUAUCUGAAUAUGCUGGAGCUUCAGAGGGCUUAUCUCGGAGCUCAAAAGUCACACUUUGGCGGUCCUUACAAACCCGGGAGCCCUAACAGCCAUAGCUAUUAUGGGAGUCCAACGUUUGGGUCUAACAUGUCAUAUCCUGGCAGCCCUUUGGCACAUCAUGUCAUGCAAAACCCUCUCAUGGCACCUUGUAGCCCUAUGAGACGAGGUGAAGUUAAUAUGAGGUAUCCCUCUGCAGCAAGGAACUAUCCGGGAGGGGUAAUGGGUUCUUGGCCCAUGGAUGGUAGUUUGGCUGAAGGCUUUGGAUCUUCAUUGCUUGAAGAGUUCAAAAGUAACAAAACAAGAGGAUUCGAACUUUCUGAGAUAACUGGUCAUGUCGUAGAAUUCAGUGCGGAUCAAAAUGGGAGCCGGUUUAUUCAGCAGAAGCUCGAGACGGCAACAACUGAUGAGAAGAACAUGGUUUAUGAGGAGAUCAUGCCAGAAGCUCUUACCCUGAUAACUGAUGUUUUUGGAAACUAUGUUAUUCAGAAGUUCUUUGAGUAUGGACUCCCUGCACAGAAGAGAGAAUUGGCAGAGAAGCUCUUCGGCAACGUUUUGGCUCUUAGCUUACAGACGUAUGGUUGUCGUGUCAUCCAAAAGGCGAUUGAGGUGGUUGAUGUAGACCAGAAAAUCAAGAUGGUGAAAGAACUUGAUGGACAUGUGAUGCGAUGCGUACGCGAUCAAAAUGGGAACCAUGUGGUUCAGAAGUGCAUUGAGUGUGUGUCUGAAGAAAACAUUGAAUUCGUUAUUUCGAGUUUCUUUGGACAAGUUGUGACCCUUUCUACUCAUCCAUAUGGGUGCCGUGUUAUUCAGAGGGUUUUGGAGCACUGCCAUGACCCAGUUACACAGAGUAAGGUUAUGGAAGAAAUCCUGUCCACUGUUAGUAUGCUGGCUCAAGAUCAGUAUGGAAACUAUGUUGUCCAGCAUGUGCUGGAGCAUGGAAAGCCUGAUGAGCGUAGUGUGAUAAUCAAGGAAUUAGCUGGGAAGAUUGUUCUGAUGAGCCAGCAGAAGUUUGCAUCAAACGUGGUUGAGAAAUGUUUGACUUUUGGAGGGACAGAGGAACGAGAGCUGCUCGUGAAUGAGAUGCUGGGCACAACUGAUGAAAACGAGCCUCUUCAGGCUAUGAUGAAGGAUCAGUUUGCAAACUAUGUAGUGCAGAAAGUGUUGGAGACAUGCGAUGACCAACAGCGUGAGCAUAUUCUUAACCGUAUCAAAGUGCAUCUCAAUGCUCUAAAGAAGUACACUUACGGAAAGCACAUCGUUGCCCGUGUUGAAAAACUCGUUGCUGCUGGAGAGAGGAGAAUGGGAAUGCAGUCCCUGAACCUGCCUCAGGUGGCGUAA